GCUCGCACGCCGGGCCUUGCAGGGCUGUUGCCGGCCGGGGAUUGGAGGCGCUUCGUCCCCUCCCAGAUCCGGGGAGGGUCCCGGCCCCCCCGGGGCUCCGCCGCCCACCUGCCGCCCUCUCCUCUCCUCUCCUCUCCUCUCCUCCUCCUCCUCCUCCUCCUCUCACGGGGGUGGCGGGGAGCGGAGCCGAGCCCCCUGUCGCCGGUGUGUACGCGGCGGGGCACCAGCCUGGCUGUGGGACGGAGGCAUGCGGGGCUUGGGGAGAGAUGGUCGGCCCCCCGCUGCUUGCUUGCGGGGCUGAAGAGUGGGUUAUAACGUGGACACCCCACCUUUGCUGUCUGUGGAGCCCCCGGGGACGGGGCUGUCGGAAUGGUUAUUCGGUUGCCUUGGAGAUGAUGCUGCUGCUGUAAAUGUAGGGCCGAAGAUUAAUGGUGUGGGCAGUAUGGACCUGAUGAACGGACAGUCCAGCAGUGUUAAUAUUGCAGCUACUGCUUCGGAGUGUUUUUGUUUGUUUCUGCAGAAGAGUAGCAGCUCCGAGUCCUUGAGUGACAAGGGUUCAGCUGAGCUGAAGAAGAGCUUUGAUGCAGUGGUAUUUGAUGUUCUAAAGGUUACACCAGAGGAAUAUGCGGGUCAAAUAACACUAAUGGAUGUGCCUGUAUUUAAAGCAAUUCAGCCAGAGGAGCUGGCAAGCUGUGGCUGGAAUAAAAAAGAGAAAUACCGUUUUGCACCGAAUGCUGUUGCUUUCACCAGAAGAUUCAAUCAUGUAAGCUUCUGGGUUGUUAGAGAGAUUCUGCAUGCACAGACUUUAAAAAUACGAGCUGAGGUUUUGAGCCACUACAUCAAAACUGCAAAGAAACUGUAUGAGCUGAAUAACCUCCAUGCUCUCAUGGCAGUGGUGUCGGGCCUCCAGAGUGCUCCGAUCUUCAGGCUGACCAAGACGUGGGCGUUACUGAGUCGGAAGGAUAAAGCCACCUUUGACAAGCUGGAAUAUGUUAUGAGUAAAGAAGAUAACUACAAAAGGCUUAGAGACUAUAUCAGCAGCCUGAAGAUGACUCCUUGUAUUCCCUAUUUAGGUAUUUAUCUGUCAGACUUGACAUAUAUUGACUCUGCCUACCCCUCAACAGCGAGCAUUCUGGAAAGUGAGCAAAGAACAAAUUUAAUGAACAACAUUCUUCGAAUUAUCUCAGAUUUGCAGCAGUCGUGUGAAUAUGAUAUUCCUAUGUUGCCUCAUGUCCAAAAAUAUCUAAACUCAGUUCAGUACAUAGAGGAAUUACAAAAGUUUGUAGAAGAUGCCAAUUACGAACUUUCAUUAAAGAUAGAACCAGGGACCAGCACCCCCCACUCUGCUGCUUCCAGAGAAGAUUUAGUAGGCUCUGAAGUCGGAGCAUCUCCACAAAGUGGACGGAAAAAUGUCGCAGCUGAAGGAGCCUUGCUACCACCAACACCCCCUUCACCUCGGAACCUGAUACCCCAUGGACAUAGGAAAUGUCACAGUCUGGGAUACAAUUUCAUCCACAAAAUGAACACGGCGGAAUUCAAAAGCGCGACGUUCCCCAACGCGGGCCCGCGGCACCUGCUGGACGACAGCGUGAUGGAGCCCCACGUGCCAUCGCGAGGGCAGGCCGAGAGCUCCACCCUCUCCAGUGGAAUUUCAAUAGGUAGCAGUGAUGGUUCUGAACUCAGUGAAGAGACUUCCAGGCCAGCAUUUGAAAGGAACAGGUUGUACCAUUCUCUCGGUCCGGGGACAAGAGUGUCACGAAAUGGCCAUCGAGGCCACAUGAAGGCCAGCAGCUCCCUAGAAUCUGAAGAUUUGGCUGUUCAUUUGUAUCCAGGAGCAGUUACUAUUCAAGGUGUUCUCAGGAGGAAGACUUUGUUGAAAGAAGGCAAAAAACCUACAGUAGCAUCUUGGACGAAAUACUGGGUGGCACUGUGUGGAACCCAACUGUACUACUACGCUGCAAAGUCCCUGAAGGCUGCAGAGAGAAAACAUUUCAAGUCCACGCCGAGUAAGAGCGUCUCGGUGGUGGGCUGGAUGGUGAUGAUGGCAGACGACCCUGAGCAUCCAGAUCUCUUCUUACUGACUGAUUCUGAGAAGGGAAAUUCUUAUAAAUUCCAAGCUGGAAACAGAAUGAACGCAAACACCUGGUUUAAACACCUGAGUGCUGCCUGCCAAAGCAACAGACAACAGGUUCCUGCCAACUUGAUGACCUUUGAAUAACAGGCAAAUUCAAAACAAUAAAAAAGGACAAGUUGAACCAUCUCAUAAUUGAGAACAAGGUCCUGAUGAAAAACGUGCCAGCUGUAUUCUGUGCCAGAACAGAACCUGUCAACUCGACCUCUGAACUCUGGAGCCCUGAACAAAACCACUAAUGGUUGGGGAGUGGAGUCCCCCAAAUUAAAAAUGGACUUGCAACAUGAAUUGCCAUGGACCAUGCUUCGUUAUGUUCUCAGAACUGACCUGUGGAAACCACUGCCUUAAAGAGUGAAAGGAAAAACAACGUGAAACACCAAAUAGUGUGUGUGAAACUUCUGGCGGUGCUGUGCUUGAGUUAAAUAGAUUGUAGCUAGUUUUGAGUUUCUUUUAACUUUAUACUAAUUUUGAAAAUGACUCACCUUUUUAGGCAUUCUUAAGGAAACAGGUAAACUGGUAUUUAUGAGUUGUAUCAAAAGCUGUGUGUGAGCCAGGUGAAAGGUACUACAUGUUCUGGAGGUGUUGUUUAGGCUGUACCAGGAGUGCUGGAGGGGAGCUUGUCCCAGGCGCACGUAGCCUGGAGCAGUGUUAUUUCUCUCAGACCUACAAGUAUAAGAAAUGUAACACAACUGCAAGUUCAGAGCAGCACUGAGCUUGCAAACCUUGGUCCUGUAUGGGAGCCAGACUCCCACCGUGGCCCAGAGGCUGAGCCAAAAGUCGGUUUGGUACGUCUUGACCUAAUUCCUGGUUAAAAACACGUGCUGUGGGCAGUCGGGGUGGGGGGUGUGUAUGAGACAAAACUGAAAGCGCUGUUGGGUCAGAACUGCGUGGUUUUGUCCCACGUUUCUAUGCCUGUGACUCUGCUACACAGGAAAGCUGAGUGACAAAACACCAACACCUGGGUACAGCUCACGGAGGUGUUUGACUUUGGGUAUCUGCUAAUUAUCAGUUAGGGACCACUGUUAGUGUGUGGUGUUCCAUAAUAUCACUUCAGAUGGACAUUUUAAAAAGAUAGAGGCACAAUUUCAAGCUUUCAUGUUCUCAUUUGGCAAUAAUUGAUUUUAGUAUCUGUCUCUUGGUCAAAGUAGUUGACGUUGUGUGGUGUUGAUAACGUGGCCUAAAGCAGACCUUACAUACAGAAGCUCUUUUGAUCUUCGGACGAUUAACUAAUUUAUUUGAAGGUAGGAUUACCUAAGGAGAGAAAAGGUGUGGGGCCAUCCAAAUUCCAUCCUUGACAGGAAUCAUUCUUGGUCACUGAAAUUACUCACAGAGAAAAACAUAAUGGUUGUAAAAAGGGAGCUGUGCUUUAUGUGUGUGUUUGAUGCUUAAGACUUUGAUUCUUGCUUUAUUGGGGUUUCCUUGACGUCACCUAGUUUCCUGGAUGAUUGGUCUUUCUUUAAUCUUCAAAAAUAUGAUCUUUGUAAAGCAAGGAAAUAUUGUCCAAAAUAUGACUCUGAUAUUGGAACUUUGAAGUCUGUGAAAAAGUAGUAACUGUUCCAUUGACAUUGUGGUUUAGUGACCGUAAAUAUGCUUGCAGAUUCCACCAUGAAUUCGCCUUUUUAAACAGAAACAAGCUACCUACCAGUCUGUUUCAGAGUUCUCUGACUAUCUAAUAAAGGUUUCUACUAGUA